AUGCCCGGUUUCAAGCAGGCGACCGACCUCGAUGCCUGGAAGGCCCUCCAGGAGCACCACAACACCGUGGGCCGCAACAUUGUCCUGAAGGAAUGCUUCGCCAAGGACCCCCAGCGCUUCGAGAAGUUCAGCCGCACGUUUGUCAACCCGGUCGACAACACGGAGAUUCUCUUCGAUUUCUCCAAGAACUUUAUCACGGAUGAGACUCUGGACCUCCUGGUUAAACUGGCCAAGGAGGCGAAUGUGGAGGAGCUCCGCGAUGCCAUGUUCAAGGGCGAGCACAUCAACUUUACCGAAAACCGCGCUGUCUACCACGUCGCUCUGCGGAACGUUAGCAAUGAGCCCAUGCAGGUGGACGGAAAGAGCGUCGUUGAGGGCGUCAACACGGUGCUCGAGCACAUGAAGGUGUUCUCCGAGCAGGUGAGGAGCGGUGAGUGGAAGGGUUACACUGGCAAGCGGAUAAAGACCAUCAUCAACAUCGGUAUCGGUGGCUCGGACCUGGGCCCUGUGAUGGUCACGGAAGCCCUCAAGGCGUACGCCGACCGCAACCUGACCAUGCACUUCGUCUCCAACAUUGACGGAACCCACAUCGCGGAAGCCCUGAAGGAGUCGGAUCCCGAGACCACCCUCUUCCUGAUCGCGUCCAAGACGUUCACCACCGCCGAGACUAUUACGAAUGCCAACACGGCCAAGAAGUGGUUCCUGGAGAAGGCCAAGGACGAGUCGGCCAUUGCGAAGCACUUUGUUGCUCUGUCGACCAACGAGGCCGAGGUCACCAAGUUUGGAAUCGACAAGAAGAACAUGUUUGAGUUUGAAUCCUGGGUCGGUGGUCGCUACUCCGUGUGGAGUGCCAUCGGUCUCUCGGUGGCCCUCUACAUCGGCUACGACAACUUCCACCAGUUCCUCGCCGGUGCCCACGCCAUGGACAAGCACUUCCGCGAGGCCCCUCUGGAACAGAACAUUCCUGUCAUCGCCGGUCUGCUGAGUGUCUGGUACAGUGACUUCUUUGGAGCCCAGACUCGCCUGGUGUGUCCAUUUGACCAGUACCUGCACCGCUUCCCGGCCUACCUCCAGCAGCUGUCCAUGGAGAGCAACGGCAAAGCGAUCACCCGCUCUGGCGAUUAUGUCAAGUACACUACUGGCCCGAUCUUGUUUGGUGAGCCCGCCACCAACGCGCAGCACAGCUUCUUCCAGCUGCUCCACCAGGGAACGAAGCUCAUUCCCGCCGACUUCAUCCUAGCUGCCGAAUCCCACAACCCGGUGGAUGGUGGCAAGCACCAGCGCAUGCUGGCGUCCAACUUCCUUGCCCAGUCGGAGGCCUUGAUGAUCGGUAAGACUCCGGAGCAAGUCAAGGCGGAAGGCGCGCCGGACGAGCUGGUCGCCCACAAGACCUUCCUUGGAAACCGGCCAACGACCUCGAUCCUGGCCCAGAAGAUCACUCCCGCAACCCUGGGUGCCCUCAUUGCCUUCUACGAACACCUGACUUUCACCGAGGGCGCGGUGUGGAACAUCAACUCGUUCGACCAGUGGGGAGUGGAGCUGGGCAAGGUCCUGGCCAAGAAGAUCCAGAAGGAGCUCGAGACGCCGGGUGCUGGCGGCGACCACGAUGCGUCCACCAGCGGCCUUAUCUCGGCCUUCAAGAAGAAGGCCAACUUGGCGUAG